AUGCGCACAAGAGCCGUUCAAAUAUCGGUGUCCUGCAUGCAAUGCUCAAAGUACGGCGAAGUGCAGCAGCGGUCUCCCAAGUUCACGGCAGCUGACAGAAUUGCAGCUUGCUCUUUACAGUGCUCAAAAGACCAUAAGGACAAAUGCGGAGUACCUCGCAAUGCUCUGAUUGAUGCAGCAGCUACAGAAACCCUCUAUCAGGAGUCGAGCGAUAGUGAACCCGUGGUUGGCCGGGCUCAGCAGAGUGUGAUCGACUCUAUCACAAACGCAGCUGAGGUGCAGGAGCUCUUCGUCCGGUACCCAAAAUUGCGAACACAGCUUCGAGGCAUCUACGAGGCAUCCCUGAAGCAUGAUGAGUCCGAGCAGCAUUCAUGUUAUCAAAGAGAGAGCAAUACGCAUCAUAGCCGAACUCGAGGCUAUUACAAGGACGACAAGCAGCAUUGGACACCGGAAAAGGGUAUUCAGGCCGGCUUGAAGAAGCUUCAUAUGUGCCUCCGAGCCAGCGAUGCAGACUUCAGCGGUCUGAAGGAAUUUUGCAAGGUGAUAACGAGAUUCCAACCAGCUGGUUCCCAGUUACAUGCGGAUGAAGGAAAAUCACCGUACAUGAAGCCCACUGUUCACAAAAAUUCAGCCUAUCAAAAGGGGCUCGGGUCGCCCUCGGCAUAG